UCAGUCCCCUUCAACUCCCUCUUCUUUUCUCAUCUCAUACUAAUUCUAUAUCUUUUAACACCCAAUUAACAUCUCCAUUUUCAUCCAUUUCCUUCCAUUAUCAUGGACUCACAAAUCCCCCCUCAUCACCAUCACCAUCACCAUCACCCCCUUGGCCUUCACCAAAGUGCGGAAGGAAAAGAAGAAUUAGAAGAAGGGGAGGAGCAUCAUGAGAAGAAGUCGGUGCUGAAGAAAGUGAAGGCAAAAGCUAAGAAGAUUAAAGACACUAUUACAAAGCAUGCCCAUGCCCAUGAUCAUCAUGAUGAAGAAGACGAGGAGGAUGACGAGGAGGAUGAAGUUGUAGAAGAUCCUGAAAUCCAGGGUGCACCAUUAUAUGAAGGUGCUGCAAUGAGGAGUGCCACGGCUGGGAAAGGGCAGCAUCAAGAUGUCGGAAUUGGAAUUGGAACGACGACAAUGAUGCACAAUUAUGCGCCGCCUCCAGCUCGAAGGGAAAUCAGAAGUCGUCCCUCUGCUGUUGACACUGGCUUUACUUCCGUCGAGAAUCCCACAGCAAAUCAUAAAGUAGAUGACUCCAAUGUUGCCCCGAACACGACCAUGUCUCUAUCUCCAUGGAAAUUGGAGGAGGAUCCUCACGGUCCUAAGGACCCUCGUGCUCCUCAUAUCUCCGAGGUCAAAGUUCACGAUCCCUCUAACAGAGGGAGCGAAGAAGCAGCAGGGAAAUCUCAAGUCUUCGAUUCAUUCGCAAAAAUGAAAGUCGACGAUAAAAAACCGAACCGAACCGGUUCACCACAUGGAUUAGACCAAGAACAUGGUGGAGAAGACCACAUCAAUUACGCCCAAAAAAUCUCAGCCGUGGGUUCAGCGGUGAGUGGAAAAGCAGUAGCAGCGAAGGAUUUUGUGGCAUCAAAGCUCGGGUAUGGAGAAACAAAAGAAGGAACCACCGCCGAUAAGUCGUCUUCGUCUUCACCGUUGGAGUACGGAAAAAAGAUAGCAUUAACAGUGACAGAGAAGCUAAAGCCAGGGGAAGAAGACAGAGCAUUGUCAGAAGUAAUUUCAGAGGCUUUGAAUAGAAGGAAGGAUGAGGUAGUUAAAGUUGGAGAAAGUGCUUUUGGACGGCCACCCUCGAAAGGGGUGGUGACGGAGUCGGAGGAGCUGACACGGCGGCUUGGGGAAGAGGAUAAGGAAGCGACAGAGAAAUCCUCUGUUGCGAGUGCUGCGGCAGCGACAGGGAGGAGUGUGGUGGGUAUGGUGAAAGAUACGGUGGGGUCGUGGCUGGGAAAAGCUGGAGAGCAAUCUGCGCCGUCGCAACAGUCACUUGGUACUUCACAAGGUGUCGAGGGUUUUGUGGAUGAUUCUUCAUCACGGCGGCAGGCGGAGCAUGGUGGGACGGGGGCGGAGGUGCGGGUACUUCAGGGUUCGGCGAAUUGAAGCAGAUUUCAGCGUGUUUUUCUUUUUUUUCUUUGAAUGUAAUUUUGGUACUUUUGUGUGGUAACUUUUAAUAGGCCUUGGGUACUUGUAAUGUGAUAAAAGAGGUAAAAGUAACAAGUUAAACAAUAAUAUCAAAUGGUAAUUGAAGUGCGGUUUGAAUUUA